ACAGGCGUGUUCGUCAUGCAAACUGGCACUCCACUGGAGAGGUGUGAGGGCAUGAAGCUAACGCACGAAGAUAAAAGUAAGAUUAAUUUAACGAUAGGAAUACAAAAAUCAAUUUAGCUGAUAUAAAAUACUUGGUAUGAUAUACUGUUAAAACAUUAGAGUUGUUUUUGUUGAUUUAAUCACUGUUUGCCUGCGAUGGCAUGUCGAUAAAGCUUGGCUAGCUAGUCAGUUGCUCUGUUAUUGCAGUUGUUCGUAAAUGUCAGACUGUUUGUUUAUCUAGUCAACUACUAUUACUGCGUUUUAUUAAUAUGAGAUGAAAAUACGAAAAAGUUGGUUAUUCUGCUCUCGUGCAUUUCAGCUGUCGUUAACUAGAUUGCAAGAUAAUAGCUAGUGCAUGUCAACUUGACAUUGGGUUGCACUUGUUAUCUGACUCCUUUUACCACAUGGGAACUAAUUUGUAUAGUAAAUCAUUGCUUUUUAGCUAAUUCAGGGCGCUUUAAAGUGCACAUCAAAGUCUCAUUCUAGAUAUAAUCAGUCCGUGGUUCUAGAAACGAAGAUGUUGUCCUCCGUCCAGCAUCGCCCUGUGUGUAACAUGGGGGCCAGAGCUGUCCGACUGCAAAGCUUUAGCACUUUUAAUCAAUGCGGCGCGGUAAGUAGCAAAUCAUGGCUGGGUGAGCGCGUGGGCCUGCUGCUGUCAUGGCUCCAAAAAGCAGGAAGGGGAACGAACAAACUGGCCUCCGAGAAAAAGAAGAAGGAGAGACUAUGGUCUCUAUUCGCCAGCCACUGUAGCUUUGUGACGGGCCAGAGGCUGAGAAGGGCUUUUCAGAUAGGAGAGCUGUACUCAAACCUGUACUCUGAGAGAAGCAGGUGGACACUCGUGGGCAGCAUAUGGCGACGCCUGCAGAGCAAACACGCCCCCACUGGAAAGCUCAUGGCAGCACUGGCUGGAGUCUUCAUGUGGGAAGACGAGAAGAUCCGAGAUGAUGAGCUGAGAAGGUGUGCAUGGGAGCUGCAGGCACUGGAGGAGGUGAGGAGCCAGAACGUGACACCAAAGACAGCCGUGCAUGUGGAUUCUGGAUGGGAAGUGGUCAUGGAGAAGAAAAACUUCAGAGUUUGGAGGAGACCUAUCGAGGGUAGCCAUCUUUUUGAAUACAGAGUGUUUGGUUCAUAUACAGACGUCACCCCCAGGCAGUUCUUCAAUGUUCAGUUGGACACCGAGUACAGAAAGAAGUGGGACGCACUGGUUAUAAAACUGGAAGUGGUGGACAGAGAUGUAAACACAGGCACCGAGGUCGUUCAUUGGGCGACGCAUUUUCCAUAUCCUAUGUACUCCAGAGACUAUGUCUAUGUGCGCCGAUAUCAAGUUGAUAUGGAAAACAACUUAAUGAUCUUAGUCUCCAGAGCCGUUAAACACCCCAGUGUCCCAGAGACCCAGGAAUUCGUCCGAGUGCACUCUUACCAGUCUAAGAUGGUCAUCCGCCCACACAGGUCAUUUGACGAGAAUGGCUUUGAUUACCUGCUGACCUACAGUGAUGAUCCCCAGACGGUCUUCCCUCGCUACUGCGUCAGCUGGAUGGUGUCUAGUGGCAUGCCAGACUUCCUGGAGAAGCUUCACACCGCUGCUCUCAGAGCUAAAAACAUGGACUUUGGUGUCCACGACUACGUCAGCAUCGCAAAACCUACCCAACCCACCCAAGAAAGACUAGGAGCUGACAGUGCUCACACCAGAGGCUCAAGCCAGAUCUACGCCUGAGCCUCUGGCCACAGCGAUUGAUGUACUGUGGCAAAAUGACCCAGAACAGGAUAUUUCAUUAAUUGAAGCCACAAAGAAAACUGAACCAUCUAUUCCCAAAAUUAACUGCACUAGCUCGUAUCCCUCGCUUUUUGUGCUUUUAGUUUACUUCCUCUUUCUGUAGGGUGCAUCUAUGCCAGACUGCUGAGAUGAGCCAAAAUAACGCCGUUAUUAAUUGUAAACACUCAUACCAAAGCAGUAUUUCACUGCGCAUUUCUUUAUAUCACGAUCAUCAGAAUAGAUCAUGCAGUUGAGAUGCUGAAAAACAACAGGAGAACCGUGUACAUGUCCCAAAAAAGCUUCAAGUUCAGGAAGUUGCUUCUGUACAAAGCCACGUUUUUUUCUCUUUGUGGUUCUUUUCUCCAGCUUAUACUGUGAUGAACUGCUCUCAGCUGAACCAGAUUGACUCCCCAUCGUCCUCGUUUACUGUGUGAAUGUUCAUUGCCAGUAAAACCCAAACAGCCUUCACAAGAUCACCAAAACCUGCUCUGGAAACAAAAGAGAGGUGUGUCUUAUGCGAACUGCAACAUCCUCACGGACAGGCUGGACUUCCUCCUGUGCUCUACAGGGCUGUUUGCAGUCUAAAACAUCUAUUGUACUCUGAACUCCAGCAAAUGAGGACGCUAUGAGAGUCAGCGACGCUGACUGACUCUAUAUUGUAAUGAAAAGUGGAAGGGCAGUCUGCAAUCGGCAUACAAACUCACUGCAGGAUGGAUUUUGUGCAAGUGCAAAGAGUUAUGGGAUUUUUUUUUUUUUUUGUGAUUGGGAAUCCACUUUAACGGUAUUGUCUGUAUUGUACAUGUUUAUACUUCAAAAAAAAGUAAAAAAAAAAAAAAAAUCAGUAGUGUCAAACUUUGCUUGUUAAUGCAGAUUAGUCAUUUUGUUCAACUUUGAACAACCUGCGGACAUAAAUCAAGUUUCUUAUCCUGUUUUUGUCUCCAUCCCAUCAUUACAUACUGAUAUUUGUAAUAACACAGCAGUGAAAUUGCAGAUACAGUAGCACUUCAGUUUGCUGUGGGGAGAAAAAUGUAAAUCAUCUGAGGAAAUGCAAAGGUACGUGCAUGUUGACUUUUGUGAUGCGUUUCUUCUUUAUGGUUUCUGCAGAGGGAAAAUUAAGAUGAACGCAGAUCUAUUGAAUCCCAAGGUCAGAUGUUACUUGGUGGAUGUGUGCAAAUAUAUACUCCAUAUAAGUAUGGCAUCCAGAUGUCCUCUGUUUGAAUGAAGCUCUUAAUAAUGGCAUGACACUUUAUUGAACGUAUUACAUCAAUUUCCUGUGUUGCAUAUUACAUGUUACAGGAGGGGCAAUUAACUUUGCAGUGGAAUUAUGUCCCAAAGAAUACACACUGUUGAGUUAGGCUUGUUGGUGGACAUCGAUAUACCCAAACAUGUGACUUUUUGCUUUUGAAUAUCUGUCCUAUUAACUCUUGUAUCUUAUGAAAUUGUAAAUUCCCCCUUUUGUUUGUACUGUUAGUUUUUGUUUGUUUGUUUUUUUUUAUUCAGCUGUAAUACCCUUGUCAUGCCAGGUUCAUUAUAAAAAAAAUGUGGUUUGAAUGUAUUUGUGUUUAACACCUAGAUAGCACUGCCCGUUUACAUCUCACUGUGUUUAAUUAAAAAAAAAAAAAAGGCUGCAAAAUUUUUUUAAAUUUUUUUUUAAUUUUUUUUUAUUUUUAUUUUUUUUGCUCUGCUCUGUUAUGGAUGAUGAUCAUGUUUAAAACUAAUGCUCACAGUGGUCAGUCAAAGGUACGUCUUCUGUUACUAAGGAAUAUUUCAGGUUAAUAGAAGUUAUGCUCUAUUGACAUCUGUGGCAUGUUGUCGAAUGCCACAGAAAAAGGCUCAUGGAGCAUAACUGCAUUUUUUUUUUUUUUUUUUUUUUUUUGCUCCGCAAUACAUACAAAUGCAAACUUGCCAGUGUGAUAUAUUUUUCCGUUUCCCAAAAGUAACAGUGUUAAAUUAUGUCCAGGCAAUUUGACACGACUGUCCUAAAUAUGGUUGUUGAGUGCGUUUAAUGUUUCAUCAUGCUAUUUCAUCAUGUUGAAAUCCGAGAUAUUCUCUAGUAUACUGAAAAGUGCACUUGAUAGCAUUUUCACUUUUUCUAAUAUCUAAACUAGAAGCGUUCUACUGUAAUCUCAUGUGAAACAGAAUGAAUGUGUGAGAGGUCAGGAGCAUGGGUUUGUUUUUGCUCUAAUGUGAAAAUGAUCCUUCUAAAUCAUUAAUUGGUGAAAAUAAAUUAAAUGAAAUUAA